CCAUCAUAUGCUCACCAGAAGUUGCCUAACAAUGGAGUUCUUAUUUCUGCUGACUGUGUGUGCCCUGAUGGGCCUCUGCUCCGGACAGCAUGGGGAGUAUUGUCAUGGUUGGACUGAUUCCUAUGGGAUCUGGCGCCCUGGCUUCCAUUGCCCGGAGAGAUAUGAUCUGCCUGAGGCCACUCUUUGCUGUGGCUCCUGCGGGCUCAAGUAUUGCUGCUCAACUGUAGAGUCCAGGCUGGACCAGGGAUUGUGCCCCAAUGAGGAGGAUCUGGAUUUGCUGAGAGACGGAUUGCCCUCCAUUCAUCUGCCACCCACAGUCCCCACAUACUUUCCAUUCCUAUUGGUUGGCAGUAUUUUUGUUAGCUUCGUUAUCCUUGGAUCGUUAGUGGGCUUGUGCUGCUGCAAAUGCCUAAAGCCUGAGGAUGAUACACAAGAAAGUGGACCGGUCCCUAUCCAGAGUCGACUCCUGGACACAGAGCCGUCUACAGACACCUCAAGACACUCCAGUUCCAGCUCUGCCUCCGUGCCACGGCCCCCCAUAGGUGCCCGUCCGCAAAACCUCUGUUCUCUGGGAGCAGAAAAUCUCAACCUGUAUAUGAACAUGCCUGCAGCAUUUCCUAUGAUGGGAUGUCCCCAGAAUACACAGUUUGUGCACCCUGGAACAGCAGGGCCACCCUUCAUGCAGCCUCCUUUUAUAAAUUAUGCCGUACCAGCAGAACAUGCCAUUCUAAUGGCCCCUGCGCCUUAUAUUGAUGCCAGGAACUGUUAUGGGCAAACAUCAAACAUCUACUGUCCAGUAACCCAGCAAAGUGAUCAGAACAUGUGUACUGGAUCCUCUUCUAAAUGUUAAGGGGCACUUUGGGAACUAUUUAUUUUUCCUAUUUAAAACACUGGUGAUAUCAUCAAAGUUCUUGCAAAACUGAAGCAGGAUCAGCUUCACUACUAUGGCUGAUAUUCUGAACACUUUGUGCCAGCAGACUAGUAAAGUUGUAGCAGUGGCAGAUCAGUACAGUGGCACAUCCGCUAAAGUCUGUCAUUAAUCCCCAGCUUUGGAUGUUGCAUCUCAAGUUGCAAGUGUGCAAAUUUGGUCAUGGUAAUUUGCUAAUUUACACACAUGGGAUUCGAGUCUGACUUUAGUGCGCCACUGUGCUAAUUUGAUUUACACCCAAGAUAGCUUUACAUUAAUUCAGGAUGGGGAUUUUUUUUUAAUGGGCAUAAUAAUUUCAAUGUAAAUUGUUUAUACAAUUUUCAGGUAUUUACAGCCUGUUAUAGUGUAUAUUUUUGUUGUGUAUACAGCAUUUGCUUCUGGAAAAGGAGCGUCCUGUUUUACUUUAACCAUGUUAAAUGCACUUUAUUUUAAUGGUCAAGAAAAAUUAAACACAAUCGAUGGUU